CCCACCCCCACAGUGGCGGAGGUGUGUCCAGUGGCCAGCCCCACCACCCAGGAGGAGGACAGUGUCCAGUUCAGCAAGCUGUCCUACCUGGGCUGCACCUGGGUGAAAGCCCCACGCAGUGAGUCGGAGGCCCAGAAGGCCAUGGCCACCCUGCGGGCAGAGAGUGCCAUCCCCAUCCCCGUCACCCUCCAUGUGCCCAACGUGUCCGACGGCUGUGUCCGGGUGGUGGACCAGGCGUCAGGCACGGAGAUCGCCUCCUUCCCCAUCUACAAGGUGCUGUUCUGCGCCCGCGGCCGCGAGGGCCUCCUGGAGAGCGACUGCUUCUCCUUCACGGAAAGCUACCGCAGCUCCGAGGACUUCCAGAUCCACGUGUUCUCCUGCCACAUCAAGGAGGCUGUGAGUCGUAUCCUGUACAGCUUCUCCACGGCGUUCAGGCGUUCCUCCAGGCCAGUGCCAGACGUGAGGGACCCAGCCCUGCCCCUCUCCCCAGACAGCGACACGUUCACCUUCACCGUUUCCCUGGAGGUGCGCGAGGACGACAACAAGGGCAACUAUAGCCCGGUUCCUAAGGACAGAGACAAGUUUUACUUCAAGUUGCGUCAGGGUGUUCAGAAGAAGGUGGUGGUGACAGUCCAACAGAUGAGCAACCAGGAGCUGGGCAUUGAGAGGUGCUUUGGAAUGUUGUUGAGUCCUGGACAUAAGGUCCGCAACAAUGACAUGCAUCUUCUAGAUAUGGAGUCCAUGGGGAAGAGCUCGGAUGGGAAGUCUUACGUGAUCACAGGCGUGUGGGACCCCAACAUCACAGCCUUCCAGGCGCUCAACGAGGACACACCUAAAGAUAAGCAGGUGUACAUGACUGUGGCGGUGGACCUGGUGGUGACUGAGGUAGUGGAACCGGUUCGCUUCCUGCUGGAGACCCUGGUGAGGGUCUACCCUGCCAACGAACGCUUCUGGUACUUCAGCCGGAAGGCCUUCAGCGAGACCUUCUACCUCAAACUCAAACAGGGCAGUGAGAAGGGCAGUCAGGGCGACGCCGUGUUCGAGGUGGUGAGCCUGCAGAGAGAGACGGAGAGGGCCACUGGAGGACGAGGGAGACUGGCCUCCCCAACUGAGGAAGAGGAGCCAGAGGAAG